GCGCCCUCUUCCUCAAGUGUCAUGACGUCACAAAGCCUGGAAUUGUAAACAAUAUCUCUGAGGUGUCACGUGUGGCUGGAAUUGGCACUCGUAAAGCGUCCUGGCCCUUGAGGCAACACACCUAGUACCCAUGGGGCCCUGCGGUGCCAGGUAGCAGGUAGUGUCCCUGCGCGGAAACAGUUACCAGGAUGAGUGAUGGAUCGGGACAGGUGUUCCUCUGCGUAGUGUUCUCUUUGCUGUUAGUGCUGUUGUUGGUGCGGCUCAGCAGACGGCCUCCCCGCUACAGCCUCAGGGCUAGGGAUGUGCUUAAAGGCCAUUCUUGGUGCUCCACCCACUCUUCAAUCAAGCCAAGUUUCUGCAGCAUCUGUGAGACAUUGAUUAAUGCUAGUGAUGGCUCCUUUUGCAACUCCUGUGGGGUGUCUGCUGACAGUCCACAGUGCAUUACUGCAUCAGAUGUCAGUUUACCUUGCAAGGUCAUCACCACACGUUCCACGAAACAUAAACACCACUGGAUUAGAGGCAACCUGCCCCUCAAUGCUCAGUGUGAGGUGUGCAAAGAGGAGUGCGGCACUGAUCCACAACUGAAUGACUGGUGGUGCUGUUGGUGUCGCUGGUGUGCCCAUGAUACCUGUGUUCAGAAUGUGAAUGAGGUUUGUGACUUUGGCAAGCUAAGACAAUAUAUCGUGCCACCAAAUUGUAUUCGCCUCAAGUAUUCAAGGAUGAAGCAGCAUCUUUAUAUCAAGGAGGUGCUCAAACCAAAUAUUAGUGGAUGGAGCCCGGUCAUUGUAAUGGGAAACACCAAGUCAGGAAGCAGUGAGGCAGAUGCAGUGCUGUCUUCCUUCUGCAGUGUAUUAAACCCUGCACAAGUGAUUGACCUCAACCGCUGUCCCCCUGAGGAGGCCCUGGAGUGGUGCCAUCUUCUCCCACCUGAUGUCACAUGCCGCGUUGUGGUUGCUGGUGGUGAUGGCACUGUCUGUUGGGUGCUCACCGCCAUACUCAAAAUGAAAUUUGAGAAGGAUCCACUGGUUGCUGUCCUCCCACUGGGCACAGGCAAUGAUCUCUCUCGUGUCCUGGGUUUUGGUGAAGGCCAGUCCUGGGACGCUGAUGUGGUGGAGUAUUUGCAGCAGCUUGCCACUGCUCGGCCCACUCUGCUUGACCGCUGGCGAGUCCAUUUCACCCCUGCCAGGAGCCUCAACAUUGCAACACGUGAGGUCUAUAUGUACAAUUACCUGAGUGUUGGUGUGGAUGCGCUUGUCACCCUUAACUUCCACCGUGCCCGCCAGUCACCAUUUUACAUCUGCAGCAACCGCUUCAUCAACAAGAUGAUCUACUUCACCUUUGGCACCAAGGAUGUCCUGGAGCGUGAGUGCAAAGAUUUGGACCAACGGUUAGAGCUCUUCAUGGAUGGUCGACAUGUGCCUCUACCCAACAUUGAGUCACUGGUAGUGCUUAAUAUUGCCUGUUGGGGAGCUGGUGUCAGGCCUUGGACUCUUGGUGCAGGAGGCAGUGAGGCACCAAAGCAGAGCUUCAGUGAUGGCCUGAUGGAGGUGUUCUGCCUAGCAUCAUCCCUCCAUAUUGCCCAGCUGCAGGUUGGCUUGGGAGAACCUAUUAGAUUGGGCCAGUGUUCCUCCCUCAAGCUCUGUCUGAAGCGAGAAGCCCCCAUGCAAGUGGAUGGAGAACCUUGGGAACAGUCAGCUGGAACCAUUUCAUUAACACACAACAAACAAGCUUCUGUGAUGAUGAGGGAGACCAGCUGAGGAGACUGACAAAGAUGAAAGGUAUGAUUAAUUAGAAAAGAAUAUAGAGUAUGGUUAGGUCUUCCAUUCACUAGCAUAUCUUUCAGUCCAUUCUAUUUUUGCAACUGAGGCAGAAUUUCCUUAAUUUUAAUUUUCCAUUUUUUUCUAGUAUGAUUUACAUUCUUGAUUGUCCCUCCUAUAUGUAUCCAGAUUGAAUAUCUUUCAUCAUCCCUUUUUUUGAGCUUAAUGCAGUUGAGAUACCACUACCUUUUGCCUUAUUCGUUAUCUUUUUUAUUCUGUCCUUUCCUGUAAAUAUUUGUAGAUUUUCCAUGAAUCGGAUACUACCUGUUACUUUAUCAAAUGUGUGUAUAUUUAGUAGGUUUUGAUAAUAGUGCUUUGUCAUUCAUACAAUAUUUAUUCUUUAUUGGCAUUGUCCCUCUUGUGAUUAUUAUGUUAUUUAGAAUCUAGAUUGUGUUCCAUACAUUCCAUCUGCAAUGACCAUCUUAUGAUUUCAUCAGAACCUGGUAUUUCUAUUGUAUGUAUCCUUUUCAUUGGCUCCCAUGCAUAUAUUCUUUGUAUUCAAAUUGACACAAGUUUUGAUCUUCCAAGGAUUUCUGAGACCCUCUAAUUAUAGUUGUUUGUUUAUUUUUCUUUUAAAUAUUCUUGCCUCUGUUUUAUGCUUUUAACAAUCAUUUUGGAAUCUGAAUUCUUUUUAGUCAUAACUUUUAUAUUUUUAUGUGUUUCUUUUCCUUAAAGCGAUACAUAACAUUACAUUUUCACAUUAUUGUCUUGUUUUGCCUAAUCUACACAUAAUAACUUUUGUAUUUAUCCUAGAAAUCUAUGAAGAUUUGAGUCAAUCAUGUUGUACAGGUUGAACCUCCCAAGUCCGGCAACCACCGGACCUUAGACUUGCCGGACCAUGGAAAAUUCCGAACUAUAGGUGGUCCCCAAAACACCCUCUAUAUACUUACCCUGCAUUAUACAAGUGUAGCUGUAACAUUGUUUUGAUAUAUGAUAGUUGUACAUGAAAAUAUACAUGCAGAAGUAUAUAGAAAAACACGUUGAAAGAAUAUGGAUUUAUUUUUACAGCUAGACAAGCAUAUAAACUGUAAAGAAAGGAAUCUAGAAUACAUCAUGACCAGUAAAUGCUACUGAAUUACAUAACAUACUGAAAUAGUUACAGUACUGUACCUGUACUUGUGCAACAAUGAUGUUCACCUGGAAGUAAGGAAAAUAUAAAAUAAGACGAAAAAUAAAACAAAACAAAACAAAAAUUAAAAGAGUGCACAAGAUAUGCAGUAAAACUACAGAUCUAAGAAAAUUAUGAAAUUCAAAACAGAAAUUAAAAGUAAAGAAAGUAACUACAGUAAAUAGAAAAUGAAACAA